CAAACAUGAGGUCACAAUGGCUGUGUCCCACUGAAGGAGGCUAAAGCAGUGGAUUGGGGAAACAAUGUGUCUCACAUACACGAGGCAGGCAGAAACAGGAGCAUGUGAGCGUGGUCCCAUUCUCUUUGAGGAUACUGAUGAGACGCAACUAUAUUUCUUCUUUUUCAUUGGAUACAAAAGCUGCAGUGACUGUGUUAAACUGGUGCCAUGCCUGGAGGUAAUGAUGAGCUGGAUGAUGCUAGGGCCCAUAUAUCAAGGAUGCAGGCACACACGUUUCCAGCUGUAUGAGGAACUUCCCAUAUGUUGCCUCCCUCCCUUUUGCCAAUUCCAACUGCAGAGGCAGCACAGAUACAGCCUUCUUCAGAAAGCAGGAAUCACACCUAUCAGCUAUUCAGAGAGAAAAAGAACAAGAAAAGAGUGCAGUGCAACAAUAGGAAACAAACAAGGACAGGAAAAACACCAAACAUCACUGCAGAUAUUUUGCAUGAGUGUGUUCUUGAAUGGGAAAAUGAGUCCCAGCCAGAGAUCUAUGCUGCACGAAGCAGUGUGGAUUGUGUGGGUGCACGACAGCAUGCUGAAGAGAAAACAUUUCACUUCCCCUGAAAAUUCUCACGUAUUUCAUAGAAUCCAACCUCUGCUUCAGUUCUCACUUUUAAAAAAUUUCAUUGUGUGCUGUAAUGACUUUCGAACUAAGGAAACAACUGCACAUUACACCUUUUCCUAAGUGAACACUUCAGGAGUACAUGGGACCACUGUCAAGGCUGCAAGUGCACAGAGAUGCCAUGAACUUCAUGAGGAUGUUCCUUGGGAGGGACGGAAGGAAGGAAGGAAGGGAAGGAAGGAAGUGGAAGGAAGGAAGAUUACACCUGUGAUGAAAAACAUUGUUUAUGCUGUUCAAAAGAAUGUUGUAUUCUGCAUGCUAUUGUGAAGCAGACUCCCCACUCCUUAAUAUAUAUGUAAGCUGCAUACAGCUCAGGGAAGACAAGAGCCAAGGGAAGACUUCAGCAUGGCAGGAGGUGGCAGCUGUAGAACUAACUGCCAAUGGUCUUUGAAAAAAGUAACAGAAAACCUCAUCACAUCUAAGAAGCCAGCAGGAAGUUUUUCAGAAUUGUGAAAUGGAGGAGAGGAAAGCAAAAGAAUACAAUUCCUAUGAGUUUCAUAUGGAUUUUCAUUCUAGCUACAGAUAAUCUUAAAUUCCAUGCUGUUUAAGGUUUAUAGGUAUAAUAAA